AACAUCAAAUUCGGAGUCACAUGACGGACAGGAAAUGACGACUUUUAAAAAUCUCCCAUAGUUGAAAAGCACAACACAGAUAUUAGCAAUGAUGGACGUAAAUAGAACGUAAGUUUACGACGUAAGAAGUCAUGGGUGAUUCAGAAAUGUUGCAGAAUUAAUUAUGGCAUUUUUGUGACAGAUAUGUUGUGCAAAUGUUUACGGUGUUUUUCCAAAGUACGGGAUACUUGCAAAAGAUGUCAUUUUUUCUCUAUAGGACAUCUUAAAUGGAGAAUAAUCCUACAGACAACAGCAAUGAAUCUGAUAUAUCAGAUUCUUGGUCAAUACUAGGAUCAGAUUCCUGUGAACCACAAGACAUACCGGUUGAUAGCUCUGUUAUAGAUGGAGAUAGUAUUAGUGGAGAACCCAGUGAUGGAGAAUCACUUGAAGUUAUAGAUGAAGAAGAAAAGGACCAAGAUGAAUACAGGGAAGCUGACAUGGAAACAGAUGGCAUUUCCAUCAUAACUGAAAGUGAUGGAACUAAUGAGUUGGAGCAAACUCUUUCUUUGGUUGAGUCCAAAGAAAAGAAGUAUAUGCAUCAUCCAAAUACGUACCUAAACACCCGCCUCAAUGUGCUGUUGGUAAUCUCAUUUGCAGCUGUAACUGGUCUUGGUAUAGGACACUUCCUAGGAUUACAAGAGGAAUGCCCUUUGUUGAAUGAAUCAGUUACAUCACUGCUAACAAAGCUGCAGCAUGAUAAUCAGUUGCUUCGAUAUAAAAUAGAAAAACUUCUGAGUGAGAAAGAUGCUGCAUCUUAUUCAUUCCAAAAUAUUCAAUCCUGGGAAGCAGAUACAAAAUUCAGAGCUGAAGGUAUAUUACACUUGCAGCCAUCUUUACAAGCAGGUAUUCUUAAACAGCCCUUGAACUUGGAAAUUGCUGGUCUUCCUGGGAAUAAGAUAGGCUCUCAACAAUACAUGGCAGAUAACAGAAAUCAGUAUGAGGGUGAAGUCAGGAAUAUUGCAAAGCAGUCUUCUGAAGGAAGGGUUCAGUCUGGGGAACAUUCAGGGUAUGUAACACCAAUAAAAUUUGAAGAUGAAAAUGUUGCAAAAAAGCAAUCUGAUGGGCAAGCAGGAAGUGUCACUUUUGACCUAAAUUCAGAAUAUGUAAUAUUAGCAGACCAUGAAGAUGCAGUACUGGAUGUUGAAAGAAACAGGGUUGCUGAUUUUACUGAUGAUGUGAUAUUUGUGCAGUUCAGAGAUAAUGAUGGUGUUAUCAAGUCCUCUGCUGAAUUGAACAAUGAAGCGAAUGUUGCAGGAUCUUCUGUUCAUAUUAAGGAACAUGAAACUGUUGCAGAUUUCCCCUUUCUGAUGAAUGCUGAAAGAGAUUUUUCAGAUUCUGCUGUUAAGGAUGACCAAGUUGCACAGCCGCCUGUUCGAGUAAAGAAUAAAGUGUUUGCACUUCCUGAAAAAGAUGAUUUCUUGGAUCAUACAGUGAACAUACAUCCUUCUGUAGGAUACAGCAGUGAAGGACCAAAUAGAAAUGUUGACGCUCUGCAAGCAGAAGUGACACACAAAACAUAUGACUGGGAAGAAAAUAAUAUGGAGAUAAUUAAAUCAACUGUUAAACUUCUGCAGGCACAGUUUAAUGACGUAUUGUCACAUGACGCUGAAAGUGUUUUGCCUUCCUCUGUUGCUUUGGUUGCAGAAAUUGAACAGAGUUUGUUUCAUCUUCAGGACUCCAUCUCUCAAUGUGAAGUACAAAGAAGCGACUUCUGUGCACAGUUGCAAGAGAGAAUGAAAGUGUCAGUUGUUAAGCUGAAGGAGAUGACAGAGAGACUUGUGGAUGACAUAGAUGAACAGCUGUACAAAUUGUUAUCCAGAAUUACGCGAAAGUUGAAAAAGUUUAAAAGAAAUCUGCAAGACAAGUGGUGCCAUUUGGCACAUCAACAUGAUUCUAAAAAUGAUGCAAUAUACGGUUGGCUUCAUAGUUCAUUAUUAUUAGAAUGUAAAGAAAGUCAGAGGCAAACCAAAAGGAAAUUCAGAGAGUUCUCUUCUGAAGAACCCAGUAAAUUAAGUGAAAUGUUUGUAAUGGGUACCUCAGAUGAGAAAGUUAAAGGAAUGGAUGAACCUAACAUUUUUAAAAUUCAAAACAUGGAGGAAGAAUGUAAUGGUAUUAAAAAUGGUGACUCAAAUACUGCAUCAGAAGAAGGCCAAAGAAGUGGUAUCCAAUAUACAGUGACACAGACUGAAUAUGUAAUGCAGUCCCAUAUCAAUAAGGAGCUUGCACCUGAUAAAGUUAUUAUGAUCCAUGACAAUUUAAAUGAAGAGCAUUUUAAAAUGAACACAGUUCCUAAAGCAUUUGAGAAAUCCAAUGGUGAAGAGCAAUACAUGUCAGAAUUACAUAAAAAUUGGAAACAUGACAACCAAGGCACAUUCAAGAAUCAUUUUAAUGAAGAAGAGAAAAAUAAACCUGAAAAUAAGGACAAAAAUGUACCUCUAGCAAAAACGUGUUGGCAGACACAUAAUGGUAAAACAGUUUGUAAAAAGUUUAAAAAUAAUCAGCAGUUUUUGCGUUCACAGAAAUUCAAGGAGCAGCAUGUCACGCAGAGCCUUAGAGAUAAUCAUUCACAUGAGAAAAAAAACUUGAAGAGCCAGUUUAAUGAUAAAGACAAGAAAGCGCCUAAAAAACUACAAACCAAACGUAGAUGGCAAGAUGAAAACAAACACCACAAACAGUCUUUGAUCUUGGAACAGGGUGCUUCUUGGGUUAUGGUUGACACUAGCAUCCCAAAACAAAGUAAUAUAUCAGGUGAUUGGGUAUUAAAAAUGGCAGACAGCCGUGCAGAGCAUCGUAGGUUGGAGCACAAAAGUGAUUGGCUCUUUGAUCGAGCUGAUGCGCGCAAAUUGAAAAGGGAAAAGCAACAUAUAACAGGUAAUUGGUAUUUUGAAAGAGCACGUGGCCGUGUGGACUGUCACUUCCAUCCACAUUCCAAAUGGUGCAAAACUGGAACCUACAGUGGCCCAGACUUUAAUUGGUAUUUUGAAAGAGCACGUGGCCGUGCAUACUGUCGCUUCCAUCCACAUUCCAGCUGGUGCAAAACUGGAACCAGCAGUGGGCCAAACUUUGAUGGGCUUCAUCAGAGUGACUAUGAAAAUGACUACAGUUAUAGUGACAGAUCUCAUCGUGCUGCCCAUUGGUCUAAAAAAUUCAAACUUCACUUAUCUGCUGCUGCAGGAAAAUUUUUUAAACGUUCUUUUUCACAUUUUCAAAACAAAAUGAAUUAUCACAACCAUCAUUAAAUAAUGUGCUUCAUUUACUCUUAUUAAGUUGACGUUUUAAAUUUAUGCAAAAUUAGACGUAUAAAGUGUGACUUUAUUAAAAAAAAAUAAGUUAUUGUAAAAACCUGUAUUUAAUUCAACUGCUGGUGCAGGAAUUUAAAAAUAACUGUAACCAGUGUGAUUUUAAAUGUUUCUAACCAUAUUAACAGUGACAUACCUUUCAUUGUUUUAUUGAGUCUAUAGAUAGUAUGAAAAAAUACUUUAAUGUUCCUAAGUAUAUUUAUUUUAUAACAUUUACAGUGUUGUAGCAUAUUAUUUUAUGUGACUAUGAUAUUUUUGUGUACCUCUUCACCUUCAUCUUACUGUUGUUUUAUGGGUGUACCCAGUAUAGAAAACCAUUCUCUCUGUGUGUGUUUGAUAUCCACCAUAUCUAGUGGCUUGACAUACCAGUAGUUCUAGACUCAGGAGGUGCUUGGUUUGAAUGUCAGCUGGGACAACAUCUUUCCUGAUUGAGAUUUUUAGUCUGUCCAAGAAAAUGCAUGAAUAGUACCUCAAUUAGGCCAUGACUGCUUCCUUGCAGAUCCUUUCCAAUUCAUCGUUUAUAAGUCAUCAUACCAUUUAAUGCUGUAUAGUCUGAGCUACUGACAGUGGCAUAAAGUGACCCACAAAAGGAAAGAUGUCCCCUGUGAAUAAUGUCCAUCCAGCAUACCAGUUUUCAUAUUAAAUUCAUCUAAUGUGUAACGGUGUAUAGUACUAAACUGUGCUAAUAUGGUUGAUAAAAUUUCAGCUUGAAUUUGUUAAUAUCAAUGUGUUGUUUGUACCUGCAAUUGUAAAAUUAUGGUUACCUGCAGUGUGUUCAUACCUAAGAUUUUGAGUGGAGUGUGAAAUACUUCAUUCUGAAUUAUGCAGCAAAUAAAAUAAGUUUAAAUAAAUUUGAUAAUUGCACACAAAUUUGCAGAGGUUAAUUGAAAUGGUGGAGCAUGGUAAUUUUAAAGAAGAACCCGGGUAAAGUUUGGAUACUAAUAAAAUACAUGAUAUUGUUUGUAGAAGUUGUAGAUGCCUUUAUAGUGUGCUUUGAUUGUUCCAGUUUUUUAGGCCUUAUUUCCCAUGAAUUCUUCACCAUUAGUUAAUUUGUGCACAGUAAUGCCCUUGAAAAGUUCCAUUUUUGUGACAGUACAUGCCUGAGUUAAAUGUAUUUUUGUAUCCUCUGUAAUUUGGUCAGAUAUACAAGUUCCAUGUUCACUAUUAGGGGGCAACUUUGUCAUUUUGGGACUGGAUACCAAAUGAGCUUUUAUCUGUUGUAGAGUCUUUUGUAUUUGAAGGAUGAAAGUCAUAAUAAAAUAAAAAAAUCACGUU